AUGAGGGUGAUAGGUCCUUUCACACUGGCCGGACUGGCUGCACAAGCUCUCUGCAGGAAGCAAAUCGCACUUCCGUCCCUCGAGGUCAGGCUAGACAGGGAUCAAGGCUCCGUCGUCAAGGCUUCGAUAACUAGCCACGCAGUAGAGACAAUCCAACUUUAUAUUCCUGGAUCACUCCUAGACGACCGUCCUAUUAGGAAGGUAAAUGUGUCUGAUGAUCACGAAGCGCACUUCAUAGGCCUUCAAACUGAGGUCGGUAGGGGUAAAUUACACCGACCACACACGCGGUUUCAGAGCCUCUCAGAAGGCGAGCUCGUAGAGACGGUAUUCGACAUUGCCGAGCUCUAUGACGUUUCGAAACAUGGGAAGUACAAGGUCGAGGCAUCUGGCUUUUUUCUAGUGCGAGGGACGCAUGACAGAACUUCUCGGCCCGUUUAUUUUGCUGCCAACACCCUGGAGCUGGAGCUUCAUCGAGAAGGGGCUGGUGUUGCCACCAAUUCUCACAUCAAGAGGGCCGAAUUCAGCUCGUCAUGUGUCGAAGGGAAGCUUCGCGCCGUUGUCGCGGUUCUUCACAACUGUGUCAACUUUGCCCUCAACGCCCAAAGAGCGGCUGAAUGGGGCCCAAGUGCGAGAAUGGGAGUCUUCUUCGGAAAGUCAGAUCAGGAGACACGGCGACAGGUUACCAAGGUCUUCGCUCGCAUCGAGGGCGCGUGCCAGAACGUGUGCAGUGACCUGCCUCACAUAGACUGCGUCGACACGCUACACUACUGUAACAAGCGGACGCUUGGCUACUCCAACAGCUCCGGCCUUUGGCUGUGCGAUGCCUUCUUCAAGCUCCCCGGGAGAACCCGCGCGCUCUGGAGCGACGACCAGCUCGGCGUUGUGUUUCACGAGAUAGCGCACGUCGAGAAUCCGAGAAUCGAUGAUCACGGAUAUGCGAGGGCUGUGCUGUCGCUUUCUUCGGCCAAGGCGCUGACGAAUGCCGAUAACUACUUGUACUUCGCCCGAAGUGCCGCAUAUUUGUGA